AUGGAAUCUUUCACGAAAGCAAUUUUGUAUUUCAUUAUACUGGGUUUAAAAUCAUCUGAAGUUCACGACCAAUUUACGAUCAAUAUUGAUGGAGAAAUACAUGAUUUUAAAACUACUCUGGGUUCUAAUGAGAUUCUAAUUUUAACAAGUGUUUUGGCACAGAACAAAAAAUUCUUGAUUGUUGAUAUCUUUAGUAAUAAUCAACUCCGUGAUUUUGCACCCAAGACGGAAAGAAGUGGCAGUUUGAAACAUGAAUACGCUGUAUAUAAAAGUCUUCGUGUCCAAAACAAACAACAUAGAGCAACUUCCCUUUUUAGGUAUGGAGCAGUUGAUGGAUAUAGGGCAUUAGUAAUGAGUCUUAUGGGGCCUGCAUUGGAAGAACUUUUUAUAUAUUGUGGGAGAAAAUUUAGUUUAAAAACUAUUUUACUUCUCGCCGACCAAAUGUUGGACCGAUUGCAAACUAUUCAUGAUGCGGGUUACGUUCAUGGAAAUCUUACUCCAGACUCGUUUGUGAUGGGUGUCAACGAAAAUUGCUGUAAGGUGUACUUAAUAAAUAUGAAGUAUGCAUCAAAAUUUCUGAAAAUUCGUGGUCAAAGUCGUAAACAUAUUCCAUAUAUGGAACAGAUGGAAUUCUACGGCUCACAUACUUUUGCAUCGAUAAAUAGGCACUUGGGUACAGUCGCAUCUAGACGUGAUGAUUUAGAAUCAUUCAUGUACAUUAUGCUGUACUUCCUGAGAGGAAAAUUACCUUGGCAAAUCCAUGAAGAUUCUGGAAGAUAUAAGGAUGUUCUUGAAAUGAAGCUCUCGAUUUCGUUAGAGGUUCUUUGUCGUGGACUUCCCGCAGAAUUUGUGAUGGCAAUGAGCUACUGCCGAAGUAUGAAAUUUGCAGAAAUACCAGAUUACAUAUUUCUUCGUAGAUUGUUUCGAAACCUGUUCAAGGUUAAUGCCUAUAAGGAGGAUUGGAAAUUUGACUGGAUGCUGCAAUACAUAGGAAAUAUGAACAGCCGUAAGCGUAGGAAAUUGUUGUAG